AUGUCGUGGCUUUGGGGUGGCGGUACCAACACGGAGUACGAGGAGCUCGUCGAGAAAGCAUGCUCCCCGCUCAAGCUUCCGUAUCCUCAAGGGGAGGACAUUGCGUUGAACCUUGAGGUCACCGACAUGAUUCGCUCCAAGGCGGUGAACCCGAAGCCCGCCAUGCAAGCCUUGAAACUGCGUAUCGCUAGCAAGAACCAGCGAGUCCAGAUGUACGGCCUGUCGCUCGUGGACACGUGUAUCAAGAACGGUGGCGACCACUUCCUGGCGGAGAUCGCGAGCAAGGAGUUCACGGACGAGAUGAGUGCCAUCAUCAAGGCCCCAGCGACCAACCCCGAAGUGCGCAACAUGGCGCUGAAUCUGUUGCAGCAGUGGGCCCUCGCCUUCAAGAACAAGCCUGCCCUGUCGUACCUUCCUGAGGUGUACAACGAUCUGAAGAAUGGCGGGAUCAAGUUCCCACCCCCGCCAGUCAAUGCGCCCACGGAUCACCUGCUCGAGACGGCCACGGCACCGGCGUGGGUUGACGCCGACGCCUGUAUGCGCUGUCGAACAGCCUUCACCUUCACGAACCGAAAGCACCACUGUCGAAAUUGUGGUCUGGUAUUCUGCGGCGAGUGUUCCUCGCGCACCAUGCCUCUGCCCCGCUUCGGCAUCAAGGAGCCCGUCCGCGUUUGUGAAUCCUGCUGGGUCAAGGCCGGCAAGAACCAGCCCGCUCCGGCAGUUCCGGGACGCACACCACGCAGUCGGCGCGAUUUCGAUGCCGAUCUUCAGCGUGCCAUCGAGCUCAGUCUCGCGCAGUCGCAGCCCGGUCAGCUGCAGCCAAGUGAACCUCCGAUUGCUCUGCGCAGUGACAUGAGCGAGGACGAGCAGAUGCGACUCGCCAUCGAGGCAUCGUUACGGGACAUGGAACAAGCUCCUUCAGCGCCGGUCGGUGAGGAGCCAGAGUUCAAGCCCCUACCGACCUUCGACCUGCAGCCUCGCGAGACCGACACACUUCUUACGUUCACGAACACCAUGGAGCAGAUGACGGCCUACGGAGAGCGCGACCUGUCGCGGUUCCCGCACGCCCACGUCUUGCACCAGCAAGCCAUGGCUGUGGCCCCGAAGCUGCAGCGCAAUUACGAGGAGAAGUCGACCAAGAAGCAGAUGCUGUCUGAGAUGCAGGCGAAGCUGUCGGAGGCUGUGACGCUGUAUGGGCAGAUUCUGGACGGGCAACAGGCGUACGCUGCUCAGCAGCAGCAGCAGCGCCAGUACUCUCAGCAGUACUACCCUCAACAGCAGUACGCGCCUCCCCAGCAGUACUCGAACGGCUACCCGCAGUACGUGCCGCCUCAGCAAGCGUAUGCUCCGCAGUACGCGCCGCCGGUCCCGGCCGCGUCGUCGAGCUCGCACAUGUACCCUUCGGUCCCAGUUCCGCAGCAGUCCUUCUACCAGCCGUACGCCCAGCAGCAAUGGGCGCCGCCUUCUCGCCAGGCUUCGCUCAACCAGCCAAUCGAGCCUCAGCACACUCACCAGUCUCAGCAGAGCUACAACGUCCAGGCUCAGUCUCCGCAUCCUCAGGCUCAGUCGCCCCAGCCGCAAUAUCAGUCGUACCAGCCACUGCAGGUCUCUGCUGAGCCGCAGACGUACGGCGUCGGGGCACCUGAUCCCGCUCUCCCUUCAGCGCCUCCCCAGGCUCAGGCUCAACCCUCCGCUCCCUCCAUGGAGCCUCCCAUGAGCCCGAGCGCUCAACCGUCGGCCCCUGGUUUGUCGCCAGAGGCGGCGCUGAGCCCCAGUGCCCCUCCCGCAUCUGCCCCUACCAGCCCGGUCAAGAGCAUUGCGUCGCUCGCCUCCCCUCAACCCCAGCAGGCAUACGCCCCCCUCCCCCAACAGCAAACGCCUCAGCAGCAACCGACCCAGCCUCCCCAGCAGCAUCACCAGUCUCCUCCCCAGCAGCAGCAACCCCCUCAGCAACAACACCAGCCUCCUCAGCAGCAACAGCAGCAGCAGUGGCAGGGCUACGAGUCACAGUGGCAGCACCCGGGCUACACGCCCGCGAUGUUCCCGAGCGCCCCGAGCACGCUGCCCGAGCCUGCCAAGCAGCCGCAGCAGCAACAGCCGCAGGAAGCUCUCCUCAUCGAGCUUUGA